AUGGCGAUGGGAACACAAAGCUGCGUUUUUCUCGCUCUUCUAUGCCGUAAGUCAAGUUCGUCUCCGAUGUAGAGUCAACAUCUUUUCAGUAGUCGCGCACGGAAGUGAAUGUCCAACGCCGGAAGGAAACGUUUGCGACUUGAACGUGUACAAAUGCUGUGACCUUCGGUUCCGCGAGCAUAUAGGAAUCUCACCCAGCACUUGCCGUAGGUUACGAAACAAUUCUCAUCAUUCGCUUAGCUGGUGAAACCAUCGACGAACCGCAAUGCAUUCAGCAGGCACUGAACCUCGGUUUAUAUGGCUACGGCCGUGAAGGGGUGAACAAAGUUUGCGAGUAAGUCGGCAGCGGUUUUGUGAAAUGACUAGCUUUAGCACCACGUAUAACGUUUUGAUCCGGGUUGUUCGUAAAACUGUUGAAAGCAAUGUUUUUUCAGCGCCUACAACGAGUUCCGCUCCUGUCUUGGAAGCAGUUUGCGUUCAUGCACUACCGCCUACUAUCAUCUCAAAAAUGGACAUCCGAUCUGGCGCUCAAAGGGACUUCAAGCCCUGUACAGCGGCAUGAAUUUCAUCUGCGGUCCCGGCUUAGAGAGUAUGUAAAAAUAUAAGGGAAGUGCUUCAAAUGCGACCCUUAGAUUUUGAUGAAAAUUGGCUUAACUUUGGAAUAAUUUUUUCUUUAUAUUAUAAUUGCAAAAUUUUUGCGAGAAUCCUAACUCGCGCUUUGCAGCAAACAACCGAGAUUUUUAGAUCAAAAAUUGGCAAAAAUGCGGUACUUUUUGUUGAAUUUCGACCCGUAAAGUUUCGCACAUAUACUCCCCGCCAAAAGUUUUGACCCCCCUUCUAACUCGGCCCAAAGUGUACCAAUUUGGACCAAAUUUGGUACGUAGUUUACUGACAACCUAGUAGUAAAAAAUAUCAUAGUAGGACAAACCAAUUAGCUAUAUUUCAAAAUCCAGGGACAAUUUUCAAAAAUCACCUCGAAAAAACGGGACAAAAGUUUUGACCCCCCUGCAAAAAAUUAAAUAUCGCCAGCGGAUGUAGCCCGAACCUUUUACAAUCGAUGCCCCAUACCUGAAUACAAAUUAAUAAAUGCUUUUUCGUUGAAUGCUUUGUUGCAUUUGAGGGUGCAACGCGUUAAACUGAUUUUGAUGUAGAGCUGCCCAAAAUGGUAAAAAUCUUGUACUGGCGCUUUCCAAAAGUUUCAAAUUAUGUUCACAUCAUGUGAUUUUGACGUGUUAUAACCUGCAUUAAUCUUUUCCUUUCGAAAAAAGUCCAUGAUGGCCUAGCGGUAUCGAUUCGGCCGAUAUCCAGUUGUCAUGGUCAGCCUUGGUGAGCCAUUUUCUCUUUGACUAAAGGUCUAGAUAGGGUCGCUAGGUCCUCAAUCUAAUCCUGAUACUCCUAUUUACUCUCAGCAUAGACAAAGGUUUCGAUUUGACACAUUUUGGAAUGGGUUUCAUUCACCUCAAUCUUAAGUUUGCCGUUACUGUAGAUGCCCCCGAGUACGAUGCCAUCCCCACCGCCCAUUUGGCGUUCCAUACGUCUCAAAUGAGUAUGGCGGGUGCUGUAGCGUCCUAAAUUACCUGGCCCAUCAAGUAAAAACCGUUUUUGGUCGCAAAAAAUCCAUUUGAAAAAAGCGGGUUUUUCUUUAAGGUGCAGAUCGGUAAAGUUGCAUCUACAAACCAUUUGGGAUCGUGUCAGCGGGGGUUUAUUCUUGUUCUGAGAGUAGACACAAGUCUCAGGAUUAGAUUGAGGACCUAGCGACCCUAUCUAGACCUUUAGUCAAAGAGAAAAUGGCUCACCAAGGCUGACCAUGACAACUGGAUAUCGACCGAAUCGAUACCGCUAGGCCAUCAUGGACUUUUUUCGAAAGGAAAAGAUUAAUGCAGGUUAUAACACGUCAAAAUCACAUGAUGUGAACAUAAUUUGAAACUUUUGGAAAGCGCCAGUACAAGAUUUUUACCAUUUUGGGCAGCUCUACAUCAAAAUCAGUUUAACGCGUUGCAUCCUCAAAUGCAACGAAGCAUUCAACGAAAAAGCAUUUAUUAAUUUGUAUUUAGGUAUGGGGCAUCGAUUGUAAAAGGUUCGGGCUACAUCCGCUGGCGAUAUUUAAUUUUUUUACAGGGGGGUCAAAACUUUUGUCCCGUUUUUUCGAGGUGAUUUUUGAAAAUUGUCCCUGGAUUUUGAAAUACAGCUCAAUGGUUUGUCCUACUAUGAUAUUUUUUACUACUAGGUUGUCAGUAAACUACGUAUCAAAUUUGGUCCAAAUUGGUACACUUUGGGCCGAGUUAGAAGGGGGGUCAAAACUUUUGGCGGGGAGUAUAACAUAUUUCUACAAGAGAGGGUAUUUUUGGGAUGCUUCUUUUUGUUGACCUAAAAAUGCUACCAAAAAAAACAAAUUGUCCCCUUGCAGCUCUUUUGGUCAACGACCGUUGUGUGACAGAAGCUUACCGGGAACACGUGUCUGACCUGCACCAUUGCACCCAAACAUUCGAAAACAACGUUCGAAAAGACCAUCCGCAUGCCUGCACGUGAGUUGACAUACUCUCUUACAGUGGGGGAGCCUUAUCCAGUGGCAAAAAAAGUAGCAUUUUGCAUCCGGGAAGUAUCAAAAAUGUGGCAAAAUGUUUCCCUCUCCAAGUGAAAAAAAUCCGAUUUCGAAAGCGUGCGCGCUCUUUUUGUGAGGGAAAGGGCGCGCCCUUCAAAACGAAAUUUUUUUUUCACUUGGAGGGGGAGGCAUUUUGCCACAUUUCUGAUACUUCCCGGAUACAAAAUGGUCGUUUUUUGCCACCCACUGGAUCAGGUUCUCCACUGUAUUUCAAAAAAUCCUCUUCAAUUUGAACAGCUAACAUUUAUAGCUACGAGCGAGAGCUGACUGGAUGCUAUGAGCUGGUUUAUCGGCGUGCUUGCAACGCCGAAGUAGCGUGGUGGUCUUGCGAACAUCAGCGCAGCUAUGCAAGCGGUUUCCUUCCUCAAUGUGAUGCUCCGUGCACCAGCCACCAGGGCCGCGGAGGACGACUCACCGCCGCGUUAAACACCACCGCCUUUUAA